UUAACGAAUAACGAUUCUCUCCCCCUUCUCUCGCUAUAUAUACCCAACAAUGCACUAACCAUUCAAACAAACUCAUCUCCUCCCAACAACAACAACAACGCCGCAAGAAGAAGAAGAAAAAGAGGUUGGGAUUCUUCUUAUUUUUCAGGAUUGGUAGGAUAAAAAAGAUUUUAUUUGGUUUUGGAGAGUCUAUUAAUGGGUAUGUAUGAGCCUAUUAAAGGAGGAGAAGAUGAUUUUGAGACUAGAAAUAGGAAUUCGUUGAUGAGGAUCGACAAUGGUGAUGUUGAAUCGGCGAUCCAGAUCUCGAAUACCAAUAAUGCUUGUACUGUUAUUAUGAACAAAGAGGUUGAAGAAAAAGAUCCGUUGGUGCUUUCGCCUUCCAACUCCAACAAGCACCACCACCACCACCGUCACAAUCAACCACCACAACAACAACGGCAGCAGCAGCGACAACCGCGGCUUGUCUCGCUCGACGUCUUUCGGGGUCUCACUGUUGCGCUUAUGAUACUAGUGGAUGAUGUGGGAGGACUCGUGCCAGCUAUUAAUCAUUCACCAUGGAAUGGACUAACCCUUGCAGACCUUGUCAUGCCAUUUUUUCUCUUUAUUGUUGGCGUUGCCCUCGGACUUACUUACAAGAAAUUGUCUUGCCGGACCAGUGCAACUAAGAAAGCAACAUUGCGAGCUUUGAAGCUUCUUUUAGUAGGCAUUGUUCUUCAAGGAGGUUUUUUUCAUGGCAUAAACAAUCUAACUUAUGGAGUUGAUAUUCGGCUAAUGAGACUGAUGGGGGUAUUGCAGAGAAUUGCACUAGCAUAUAUAGUGGCAGCAGCAUGUGAGAUUUGGCUGAAGGGCGAGGAUGAUACUGGUACAAAACUGUUGGCGCUGAAGAAGUAUCGUUUUCAGUGGGUUGUCGUUUUGGUUCUUUCCGUUAUAUAUCUUUCAUUGUUAUACGGCUUGUAUGUUCCUGACUGGGAAUAUCAGAUUCCAGUUGAGACCUCAUCUUCAGCACCGAAAAUCUUUUCAGUGAAGUGUGGAACAAGGGGUAACACUGGACCAGCUUGUAAUGCUGUUGGAAUGAUUGAUCGUAAAGUAUUGGGCAUUCGACAUCUAUAUUUGAAACCAGUCUACGCACGAACUAAGCAAUGCAGCAUAAAUUCCCCAGAUUAUGGCCCACUACCUUCUGAUGCUCCUUCAUGGUGUCAAGCCCCUUUUGAUCCCGAAGGAAUUCUGAGUUCAGUGAUGGCCAUUACAACUUGCUUGGUUGGUUUGCACUAUGGCCACAUCAUUGUCCAUUUUAAGGAUCACUGGGAUAGGAUCCUCCACUGGACGAUCGUAUCAUCAUGUCUUGUCGUCCUGGGCCUUGGUUUGGACUUCUUUGGGAUGCAUAUAAACAAGGCUCUUUACACAUUCAGCUACAUGUGUGUGACUGGCGGAGCUGCUGGCCUUCUUUUUACCGCAAUUUAUGUGAUGGUUGAUGUGUGUGGAUUUAGGCGUGUAAAUAUGGUGUUCGAGUGGAUGGGAAAGCAUGCUUUGAUGAUUUACGUCCUCGCAGCCUGCAAUGUACUCCCUGUGAUGCUACAGGGAUUCUAUUGGAAGCAGCCUCAGAACAACAUUCUUAGCUUGAUAGGAAUUGGAAAAUGAAAAUUAUGGCAACAAAUUGUGUUGCUACCUCAGCCAUCGCCUUCGCAACUGCACGAUCUUAUCAUGCUGACCCGCUGGAACCUGGAAAGCACAUUUUCUCUGAUUUCUUUGGUUACAGCAAACUAAGCACAUGAAAAUUGAGCAUAGCUUUUGUAAAUUUCAUAGGCAAAAACAGCCGGCGCAUAUAUUCGGAGUAUCUGUCUAUCUAUCUAUCUAUCUUCUCUUCUCAAUAAUGUAAGCGGAUCUAAAUUUUCAAUAUCGAAGUAUUAUCUAUUCACUUACUAUAA